AUGGCGGACGCCGCAGCGCACGUCACAGAUGAGGACAAGCCGCGAAAGAACCACUUGGGCCCUCGUAAGCGUCGACCCAAGAAGAAACCCGGCCUUUGCGCUGCUGCUGCACCCUUCACGCCGCUCAAGACCGAAAUACUGUUCCGACAUCCCGAACUCACUCCUGAAGAACGAGCCGUCAUACGCGGAGAACAAGAACAACAGGCCGCUGAACGAGCGUAUUGGACUCAGUGGGUCAUCGAAGCGGCGGAAAAAGAACGAGCACGACGUUUGAACGUCUUAAAACAGCUUCAAAGUGAAGAAGAACAGGAGAUCCAGCGGAGAAGGCAAUGGGCUAUCGCUACGAUCGAGAAAGAACAAGAAGCCAUGAUGCGAGAGAUGUUUCUGGACAAUAUGAAGAACACGCAAUGGUUCCAAUCGACCAUCUCGAGGUUCUCGGAAGACUACGAAGUCGUGUGUCCUAACAGCUGGUUCGGAUGUACAUUUAGCUGUAUGUUGAAGGACUUGGAGUCACAUCUAGAGCGCUGUGUAUACCGUCAAGUACCGGAUACUUUGGACCAAGUGGUGGACGACACCACGACGGACUUUUAUUCCUACGACGUGGUGUGUCCGAACGCCGUACUGGGCUGCAAAGAGAUCUGUUCACGUGAGAAUCUAGCGGAUCAUCUCGCGAACUGUCCUGUAAAUGGCAUGUCGAGAGAGAAAGAGCGGGAAGAGCGCUUAGAGUGGAGAAGAAGUGUCAUUCAAGCCACCGAGAAAGAACGGGAGCGUCGGAUGGAUGAAGAACGAGCCGAGGGAGCUAACCGGACAGGCUUAUCGUUUGGUAAUUUACAGCGACUGUACGAAGAGCAGACAGCGAUGAUGCAGGUGGUCUUACAUGACGAGAUUGUGGACUUUUACAACCACCACCGACGAGAAGCACGCGACAAACGUCCGUGGAUGCAGCAAGCGAUUGCUAUGGUGACAGAAGAGAUCGAUUUACUAUGGAAUCAUUGCGUACAAGUGGAAGGUUACGGGUCGUUUGCGACGAGGUUACAUGGCGAGUCAAGUGACGUAGAUCUCGUGGUCUUUGGAGCCACCGAGGAGUUCAAUUUCACCAGUCAACAGUGCGUAGAAGCACUCGCUGACCAUGUUCGAGAACUAGCUGCGUAUGUCGACGUGAGCGCAAUUACACGCGCGUCAAUUCCGUUGUUAAAAGUCGUGGUGUUAGUGACAAUCGACGGCGUGGAGCUUCGUAUCCCGUUUGACAUUACGUUCGAUGAGCCACACGGUAUUCAUCAUAAUGGGGUGGCGAGUGUGACGUUGGUACAAGGACUAGCCAGUGCGUUCUACGGCUUGAGAGAACUGACGCUUGUACUGAAACAUUUCCUAGUGGAACGUGGUCUUAAUGACCCGUACGUUGGCGGUUUGUCGUCGUACGGUUUGUUACUGAUGGUUGUCUAUGUGUUACGAGAACAAGGAGCGUUGAUCUUCAUGAUCGAUGGACAGAAGCUUGCACAUGACACAGACGAUGACUUGGAGGAGCUAAAGCCUGUUGUUAGUACGCGUUGGCAUCCGCGAUAUGAAGCUCAGUGUCUUAAAGGAGAGUUGAUAGCGAAGGAGAUCGUCAAGCAAUGUUCUUCAAUGCAACAACCGAAGAAGAAUGAGAUGAAGACACACAAGAAGAAAGCCAAACGAGAGACCAAACCUUUUCUUUUAGGGAAACUACUGAUGAAUUUCUUGCAGUUUUACGGCAACGAUUUCCGCCAAAAUCUGGAUCAAGUGUCGGUGGUGUCGUGGGGAGAACCGACGUUGUUAUCGGUAGAUACCGGUAUUUCACUGCCAAGAGCGAUGUCGCCAGCGUUGUCUCCUGUGACUCGUUCUUCUCCCGUGACUCGUUCUCGUUCGAAUUCGCCACUUGUGCUCGUUCCGCCCCUGUCACGGGACGGGCUAUUGGUUAUUGAAGACCCUUUACAACCUGCUAACAACGUGGGCAAGUCAUGCUACCGCGUGAGUCAAGUGUUCCGCGACUUCUCGGACUUUUUGAGCUUCGUAACUGCUCUCAUUGUACGAGGAAGUGUCAUGACUACAGGCAAGAAGAAAGGAGACGCAAAUGCACACAGUUCUCCACCCACUUCAACGUCUUCAAGUGAACCCACAUGUCGCAUUCUGACGUCAGUAUUCGACAUGAAACCGCGAGAGAAACGCGCCAGCUUGGACCUACGUUAA